GCCCCCUCCUUUUGUGGGCGUGUGUGUGUGUGUGUGUGUGUGUGUGUGUGUGUGUGUGUGUGUGUGUGCAGUUUCUCCCUCCUUGUAAGAACUCAGCCCUGCUGCCUGUUCCUGCUGCUGCUGCUGCUGCUGCUGCUGCUCCUCCUCUGACUCUACCACCUCUUUCCUCUCUUUUCUCUUCCUGCUUAGCUCCCUUCCUUCUGACCCCACUCCCAUAUGGAGAUUAAUCAUCCUGAUCAGCUCUCAGUGGAGCACCCAACUCCCCCAGGGGACAGCUCAUCACUCAAUCAAAACGGCCCGGGAAAGCAAGAUGGCGAGCGGUGCUCAACCUCAGGCCAAGCGCCAGAGCAAGAGGGAAGCCUGCAUCCCGAGAAGGGAGCCCAUGAUGUCGCGGAAGAGUUGAGCAGGCAACUGGAAGACAUCAUAAGCACGUAUGGGUCUGCUGCCAGUCCCCGAGGGAAGGAGAGCACCUCUGAAACUAAGGAGCAGCCCCCAAACACAGAGGCACCAGACAAUGAGGAUGUUGACUAUGAAGAAACCACUGAAGAGAUAGACAGAGAACCCACUGCUCCUGAAGAGCCAGCCGCAGCCAAAGAGCCUGUCAGCAAUAAAGAGCAAAAGCUGGAAAAGAAAAUCUUAAAAGGAUUAGGUAAAGAAGCUAACUUGCUCAUGCAAAACCUGAACAAGCUGCAAGCACCUGAAGAAAAGCUUGAUUUUUUAUUCAAGAAGUAUACUGAAUUGCUGGAUGAACAUCGCACCGAGCAAAAGAAACUGAAGCUCCUACUGAAACAGCAGGCGCAGACCCAGAGAGAGAAGGACCAGUUGCAGAGUGAGCACAACAGAGCCGUCCUUGCUCGAAGCAAACUCGAGAGUCUGUGUCGGGAGCUACAGAGGCACAACAAGACGCUGAAGGAAGAAACCCUCCAACGGGCGCGCGAGGAAGAAGAGAAGAGGAAAGAGAUCACAAGUCACUUUCAAACUACCCUGACAGAUAUCCAGACUCAGAUCGAACAACAGAGUGAGCGCAAUAUGAAGCUCUGCCAGGAGAACACAGAGCUUGCAGAAAAACUGAAAAGCAUCAUUGACCAGUACGAGCUCAGAGAGGAGCAUCUGGACAAAAUAUUCAAACAUCGAGAACUGCAGCAGAAGCUGGUGGAUGCGAAACUUGAAGAGGCUCAAGAACUGAUGCAGGAGGCAGAGGAGCGGCACAGACGGGAGAAGGAAUAUUUGCUGAACCAGGCGGCAGAGUGGAAACUUCAGGCCAAAGUGCUGAAGGAGCAGGAGACGGUGCUGCAGGCUCAGCUCACUCUCUACUCAGGAAGGUUUGAGGAGUUCCAGAGUACACUGACAAAAAGCAAUGAAGUGUUUGCCACUUUCAAGCAGGAAAUGGAUAAGACAACUAAGAAAAUGAAGAAGCUGGAGAAGGACACCGCCACGUGGAAAGCCCGAUUUGAGAAUUGUAACAAAGCCCUGUUGGACAUGAUCGAAGAGAAAGCCCUGCGAGCUAAAGAAUACGAGUGUUUCGUGAUGAAAAUCCAAAGGCUGGAGAACCUGUGUCGUGCUUUACAAGAGGAGAGAAAGGAACUCUACAAGAAAAUCAGAGAAGCAAAAAUGUCCGAAAAGGAAGACCAGGUUCAGCGCACCUCUGAGGAAGAGCCAGAGCCAAGCGUCUCUGAAAAUGAAGAGGUGGACGCAGAGGAAGCCAACAGUUUUCAAAAAGCUGUGGAAAACCUGGCCACAGCUUUUACCAUCCUUCAUCAUCCAGAGUUCACCCCAGACCAACCAACGGAAAGACAGCUGGCAGUGAAUGGUCCUCAAAGUGGAAGUGAUGUCACCCACCAGCACCCCGAAACAGCCCGUUUAAACCAUCCCAGCCUUCCCGCUGAUUCAGGGAGUCCUCGGCCCCCUGUAGGUGCUCAGGCUGUGGCGGAGGGCGUCUGUGAGGCCACACCUGCCCCUACAGCCUCCUGUACCCCUGCAGAGGCAGAGCUACAAAGUCAGGGUCUCCCUGCAGAAAAUACCCCGGGUCCGAAGCCCCAUAAACCAGAGGCAAACACUUCUGGUCAGGCCCCACUGUCCCCAGCCCAGGGCUCCCUAUCUGUAGUAGAGGCAAAAUAUGAUAUUUCACCAUCUCCAGAGAGUGAGGGAGAUUCUGCUGUGGUGCCCGGCUGUGAGUCUAGGGAGCAGCCCCCACCAGAAGUCACAGACAUCCCCGUAGGCCCUUCCACUGGACUCCCCAGAGAGCCCGAUGCUUGUCUGAAUGGAGUAGACUAAGCCUUGUUGAUUCUUCUGGCUGCUCACCUGACUGCAUCUUCCUCACAGAAGAAAGUCUGUGAAAGAAACUUCUAGGACUAGGAAGAGUUAGAGUCAAGACAUUUUUAAAGUUGUACAGAACACUUCCAGUCUUUGCUGCUGUUUGCAAUUUAUAACUAAUAUGGAAAUUCUCUGUGAUUUGGCAGCCAAACACAUCAAUAGCAAAUAUACAUUACUUUCCCAUUACAUUGGUGCCUUAAUCCAGUUUGUUAGCAGUAAGAUUUUGUAUUUAAGGACUCCCACUAUAACAAAUAAAUACACUGAAAUAUUACAUUUAUUUCCACAAAUAACCCAAUAAGAUCUAUAAUGGAUAUCCAGGUUCCAUUUAAAUAGCAUAAUAUACAGUGUACUUAUGUGUAUACACAAUACACAUAAAUACAUUUAUGUAUACACAUACACAUGUAUUUUCAUACGUGCAUAUAAAGUCAUCACACAAGUAUAUUUUGCUCCUAACAGAUUUUUCUCUAUUGCAAGAUAUGCUUGUAAAAAUUUUUCUAUCUUACUUACACUCUGGACUACAGUAGAUUAAAGCUCUAUGGAUCAGAAAUAGCACAUGUGCUACAAUGCCUGGACACAAAGAGGACCACAAGAGGCUUUUAACAGAAAGGGGAAAAAACACAAACAGGUGCUUCUGAUCUUCUCAGCCAACUUCCUCCCAACUUCCCAGCAUCACCUCCUGGGUUGAGGCAGCCGCCUCCUGGCUACCUGUGAGAAGGUGGUUGGAAAUAGAGAAAGCACCUAAGUAAGAUUUGAGAGGUUGAGUAUCCUCAGCUUAGAGGUCUCAGCCUCUUUGACUACUGAUAUCUCAAGAAAACACUUUUUGUUGUCUCUGACAUUGUCUUUAUCUCAAAGCAUCUAUUCCUUCCAAAUUUCCUCCUUUGCGUCAAUGUGUGUGCCUGGCCCACAUCUCAAUUAAUGUUAAGUAAAAUGUAUUUUUCCAAAACGGAAAUACAUACGAGCUCUCAAUAGGAGUAACAAGGCUUACAAAGCUAACACAUUUUCUGCUCUAAGAAUUUUUGAACAGGCAGAAGUACAAAAUUUUUAAAAGGGGGGGGGGGCCUCCUACUCAUAAUUCAAAAAUAACAGGCAAGGACUCCAUAGAUGUCAAAAGCAAGAAGCACUUGGGAUUACCCAAACAAGUUUUAUACUCUCAUUGUUCGCAAAAACCUCUAAUAACACUGGCAGCAUAAAAUGCUCUGCCUAGGCUCAAAGAAAACUGUACUAACAGAACAGGGAGAGGUGGGAAGGAGGGAGACAGAAGGUGCAUAAAGAGAGGACGGUCUAAUCUAACUCUAUGUUAAGAAGUUGAACACAGGUAGAAAUGUGGAUAAAGGAGGAUUCUUGAAAACUCAUCCAGGAAAUCACUCUUCAGUGGUGCACGUGGCUGCUUGCCAAUGCACACGAGGAGCUGGGAGGCAGUAGCCAUAUGUUGAAGGAAUUAUAAAACUGUAUAAAAUUUAUUUGAAGUAGACAGUAAGGGAAAGAACAAAAAUACCAUUUGGGGAAAAAAUCAGGGGAAAAAGCAUGCCAUUAUUUGAGAACCCAUGUGUUUUCAGAGGCUUUGCAUAUUAUAACCACACGGGUAUCCAGCCAAGUUCAACACCACUGGAAAUUAGACAUUCAAUUAACUCAAAGCCAAAUAUUCACUACACUAAUCCCUUCUCUCUGUUUACAGGAGCUGAGCUUCAAAGAACAGAGUAGGAUCAUCACAGUUAGGUCUCAAUCCAAGAGCUUAGGAAGACAAACAGGCAGGAGGCACUGACAUCCAAUAAAUUAAGUGUUCUCAUAUCCAAAGUUUAUUAUUUUCAUCCAAGAGGGUUUCACAGCAACAUAUCACUCACAACUGUGUGUACCUUUGGCACAGUUUCACAGACUACACCUUCCCUGAAAUCUGUAAAGCUUUAAUAUAGACUUUGGGAGAAUUAUUUUAAUAGUAAAAGAAUGUUUUAUUAUAGUUCCUUGUGUUCAAACUUGGCUGUACUAAUCAUAACAACUCAUAAGAUCUGAAAGCAGAAAAUAUAUCUCUUUUUAUGAAGUUCAUAUAACUAUUUUUAGAGAUGCCAAGUCUUUCUAGAAACACUGGAAUUAUUGCUUUCUAAAUGUAAUAACAUAAUGUUUAUACCAAUUAAAAAGGCAUUUCUUCC